CGACUGUGAGCUGUUCUCUCCGCUUACCGUUGCUGUUUCUUGACGCCUCCGGCCUGCCUGUCUCGACUCACGGAUUUUCAGUGGGCAGGCUAGACGUGCAGCUUUUGUGUGGACGCGUAUCGGUACGACCGACGCGUGCUGCCGAAGAGCAUUUCAUGCAAUGGAAUGUGGCGAUGGGGCCUGCAAACUGUCCAAGAGGCGGGCAUGUUUGCUAGACAUGCGGUGCAACUUCAGACGUACGCGCUCUCCAUACGCUCCAGGCUUGAUUCAUUCACGUCGAGAGCGAUAAUCAAGCGGAAUGCGUACUAUUGGACGCGAUGCGACGCUUCAUUCACGCCUCGAACGGCAUCAACCCACGCUGUCAUAGGCGACCAGAUUUCAGCUGGUGUGGCUGAACGGGAACCCGAGCCUCAGUGCAUACACAGACACCAUCGGGAUGGCGCUGUUGAUCUUACCGACAUACCAUCCACGAGGCUCAUUGAAUCGGACGUAUUGUCUGCGUCGGCUCUGUCAGCGCCAGCGGCUGCUGUCGAUUGCAGUGAAGCUCCUCGAGUUGACCCACAUAGUCAGCUUCACUGCCUGCAUACAGAUUUGGGACACUCACAGGUUCAAGCGCAUGACAACUCCAGACCCUCAUCUGAGCCAUCGUCGGCUGAUCAGCUCCGAAGGUUGCUUUCUGCCGGGGAGCAUGGGCCCUCUCUCCACAAGUUCAGCUUCAACUACAUUCGCAAUCAUUAUCACAAAACCAAGGUGCUUGACCAGCUGCCGUCUCUGGACACCGCGGAUUUCAGUGCUUUGAUCAGUCUGCUUGGUUCGCUCUCUGUCUCGACUCCGCAAAGCCCAUAUUGCUCCGUGUUUUCGCAUCCUGCCAUCUCGCACAUGCUCGACAGCGCUUUCCGUCCACAUUGGGCGCUUAUCCGAAGCAUCGCCACAGAUAAAUGCGAGCUCGAAGGUGGACUUCGUGACUCUGACUAUUACUGGCUGCUCAGAGCACUAUGUUUCGAGUUCAGAGGCUUGCAAGGCAAGACACUUUCACCUCAUGUAAUCAAACGUACACGAGUCAUCAUCAAGCUCGCGAGACAGUACUAUUCGCACUUGGAGUACCACUCUGACGUCGCGGCGCACAUUCCUUUCCUAGAGAUUUUGCUCUCGAGUUGGAAACGAGGACAUGUCGAGGAAUCACUCCGCAGAAUACAUGAUCUUGUCUCCCAGCGCGGGCUGCGCCCGGAGCUACUAUGGCUUAUGGUCCUGCAUGCUGAUGUGAAUUUGAUGUCAGCACUGAAGGAGCUAGUGCUGUCAGCACUGCAGCCCAGGCUUCUAACAGUGGAUUCAGAGCAGCUGCCGACCCUUCGGAUCCGAACGUUUAUGGACGAACCUGACGCGCCAAGCAUCAAAAGCUUGGUGACGUAUCUGCAGGAUGCACUGUUCUCUCGUAUGCUGCCUUCAAGCUUGGAGGAUACAUCUCAUAGCGUCCUGUCACAGUGGGCGUUCCUCACCACACAUUCUAUCUUCGCUUUGAAUGGUGCCAAUGAGACGCAUUCCCAAUGGAACGCCCUAGUUUUGCUUGCGAUAGCGUGCAAUCCGUCAUCUUACAGAAGAGGAGCUAGUCCAGCAUCCGCGCACAGUGGUACCUUCGGGAUGGCAUUUGCUGAUUGGUACACGAUCUGUGCACUCGCCUCACUGGAACAAUCAUUCCUUCCGAACCUUGCUACAAUCACUGCACCCAUCCACGACGGCGCACGAGAAAAGUUGAAGGAUAUUCUGGAGGCUCUGUGGUCUCGCUGGUCUUCUCAGAUUGACAAAGAUCGUCGACAUCCGUUUGCCCUUGUUGCCCGUGUGGUUUGCGCGUCGUUCCUACGUCUAGCAGGACGUCUUCGAUGCCAUGAUCUUGUUGAAAGUUGCAAGCGGUUUUGUGCCUAUCAUGAGCUGGGGUCUGCAAAGGGAACCGCUGAAGGAUUUCUCGGUAUGUCUUCUUUGGCGGAAGAGCUCCUCACCUCUGCAUUGUUGUGCGGAUCGAGUGUUGAGGCUGCUGUAGCAUCGACCUUGCAACGCGUCUCCGACGCUGGCUCGCUAUCGAAUGCCUUCGGCAGUGUCAUAUCCUCCUGGGCUCAAGUAGAUGUGGGAACAGCACGAGAAUUACUCUUCAUUGCCCGGCGUAGCGGUGUUGCCGUAAAUUCGGAUGUCGUCACAGAUGUAGCUGUUGCUGUUGCAAGCCACGGUCGGAUACGGACCGCGCUCGAAUAUCUGGAAGACACGCGAUUGACAUCUCAACAGCAUCUGGCGGUACUCCGUCGGAUCAUUGACGUGCUUCUGCAAGAAGGCCAUCGAUUUCGCGUUGCACACUUCGUACCUGCCGUCGGUGGGGCGAUGCUCAAACUAUUCUCCUUCAUUCCCCCGCCGCGUACUUGGCAUCUCAGGCUUCAGUCUACUCUACUUCUAAUGCCGCGUUUCAGUCAAGCAUCUGCUGCUGUCGCGAUCGUUCGGGUGGUCACGAAGGCACAUCCUGCAUACUUUCAGGCGCCAUUUUACAUGAAGCUCAUUCAGAGGUUACUUCGUCACAGGCAAUUCCGCCUUGCCGAGCGCAUAUACCGCCUGUCCGUCGCGCUUUGGCCGAAUGAUAAGACUCUCUCGUUACAGUCGUUCAUAUUGGAGCUUGCUCGGCGAGAUGUGUCCUCCAUUGCCUACAAGCUUGCUUUACCCUUCCGACGAACCGCUCUCCGACCAGAUGACAUACGUCUAGCUCGUAUGCUCCGUUUCCGAGAAGUGACUCCUGCUCGCCCGCUGACGCUGAAGAUUCGCCAUUUUCUCACUCGUCGUCGUCGCGUGCAUCCGGACGCACGAAGAGAUGCAAUGCAUGUUCUCAUCCGAGCCGGCCGUUUGCGUGCGUCAAAGCAGCUAUUCGAUAGGCUGCGAGAGCAGCAGUCACCUGGAGAGAGAACCCUCAUCGGAAAUCACAUUCUCCACGCUAGUCUUUCCCACCCGUCUCGGCAGAGCUUACGGCGGGUGCGAAAGACUUUGAAUACAUUGAACGAGCUCAUCAAGACUCAUGGCUUUGUGCCCGAUCGCGUGACACUGAACAUCUUGCUGAAGUCGCUCAUCCUCUGGGUGUCUAUGGUGAACAGCGAGAAAUUGCGCGAGAUAUUCGACCAUGUGGUCCGAAACGGCUACCCUACUGGUGGAGUCAAGCUUCGAUAUGCCGUGCCCUUCGGUACCAGCUCGCAGCCGUCGCCGUUGAUCAGCGUUCCACAUGUAGACCCUGGCUUGCCCCUGUACUUUCCGCGACAUGUCCGGCCGUUAUAUAAGAUGUUCAUCAGGGGAUUCUACGCACGAGGAGACAUAGAUGCUGCGCAUACGGUCAUUGGUAUACUGAAAGCUGUUGAAACGGAGUUUGUUGAUGCGCUGGGGAGACAGAAGAAAGUGUGACAGUGGAUUACGAAAGGUCUUGCGAGACUCGGGGUGCAGGGACGACGGGAUCCUGGUCGGCUUGUCAAGGUAGCGCAGCAGUUCCCAUAGAAUGGCGAUACUGCUCCGCUAUGAUUCAGGUAAUAAGGUGUCAUGUACUGUAUCACAUUAAAGAAAUGGAGCAUGGAAUGCAAACAACUGCAUAGUCUGUAGGGAACAUAGUACAAUCCUAUAAAGACG